ACAAUUUUAUGCGCUUAUGUCAUACUUGAAGCAGUUUACGCUCAUAAGUGAACAUUGUAGUUUAAAUAACGGUUACAAAAUGCGUGUUUCCUUUGACUAUGGGUUCUGUUUGUAAUGGCACUUCGUCGCGUAAAGAGAAUGAUUGUAAUGGUAAAAUAAAUGCAAACUCUGAUAAUCCCUUUGGCAAUGUAAGUUACAAUGGACGGGCAACAACUUACCGCAGUUCAAGUAAGGGCAGUAAUCAACAGAAACGAAGCAACAAAAAUGUUAACAGAAGUAACAUAGGAGAAGAUAAUGAAGACCAGCCGUUUAUACCAACUAGCAAGGAAGACAUAGAUAAGAUUUUAUCAGCACUUGGACCCGGUGAACUGUUUUGUGACCCUGAUUUCCCUGCCGACAACAGGGCUCUGAAUUUCAGUGCUGAAGGACCCAAAACUAUUAGAUGGCUUAGACCUAAAGAGAUACUGAGGUAUGGUGAGCCACAGAUGAUGGUGGAUGGUCUUACGAGGGACGACAUCAAACAGGGACAGCUUGGCGACUGCUGGUUUCUCUCUUCGUGUGCUGCUAUCUCUCAACAGGAGAAAUCUAUUAAAAAGGUUGUGCCGCGUGGUCAGGUGCUGUGUGGACCCCACUAUAAAGGCAUUGUGUGGUUCUCUUUCUGGAGGUUUGGCAAGUGGGUGGAUGUCUUCAUUGAUGACCAGCUACCCACAGUUAAUGGAGAUCUCAUUUAUGCACACUGCACAGAACCCAAGGAAUUCUGGGUAGCACUAAUAGAGAAAGCUUAUGCAAAAAGCCAUGGCUCGUACCAGGGUUUAGAAGGUGGACAGCCAAUGGAUGCGAUGGUAGACUUGACGGGUGGGUUAACCGAGCGGUAUGACCUCAGUCCCAACAUGUAUCGCCUCAUCAGCAGGGCUCACAAGUCUGGAGCCUUCAUAGCAUGUUCUAAAAAGGGUAACUGGAGAAACAGCGUCGCUGCUGACAAUGGUUUGGUGUCAGGUCACGCAUACACCAUUACUGAUGUCAAAAAGAUUUAUGUACAAGAUAUGGGGGAGGUAAAGUUGGUGAGAAUCAGGAAUCCGUGGGGAGAUGCUAUAGAAUGGAAAGGGGCUUGGGCAGAUGAUGAUGACAACUGGAACAGAGUAGAUGAGGAAACAAAACAAGCACUGGGACUAGAGGCUCGCGAUGAUGGGGAGUUCUGGAUGGCGUUCAAAGACUUCUGCCAUCACUUUGAGGAGAUAACUCUGUGUCUGAUGGGUCCAGACUUUGAUGGCGACGGAGUCUCAGACCAUGCAGGCUACAUGGAGAUGGUCACAGGAUCGUGGGAGGUGGGGAAGACUGCCGGAGGAUCUCGGAAUGACCUGUCGCUAUUCUCCACUAACCCCCAGUAUCUGCUGUCACUGUCAGAUCCUGACAACUUCAACCCCAGUACUGAUGAUGCUGAAAGUGAAGGAAUGUGUAACAUCGUCAUCGCUCUGAUGCAGGAGCACCACAAGUCACGUCACAACGUCGGUGCCGAACGCUUGCAGAUUGCUUUCGUGCUGUAUAAGACCAAUAAUCCAACCAGGAGACUAGAUUUGAAACAUUUCGAAUCAAAUAAUGACUGUGGAAAAAGUGGAACAUAUAUUAAUUUCCGUGAAGUAAGCAGUCGGCUUGAUUUAAAUCCAGGGCAUUACGUCAUUAUACCUUCAGCCUUCAAACCCAACACACACGCACGGUUUAUGAUCAGAGUAUUCGGAGAGAAACGUUUUAGUCUAGAAGAGCUUCUGGAGUAAUCUAUGAAAACUUGGAGAUUCCACAGACAAUCUGGACAACUGACUUGUUACUAAUGCAAGACAUAACGACACAUGUAUAUUAUAGUGAAACCUGUUGAUAAAUAUAUAUUUACUGCAUUUCAAUGUAAUAUUCCGUCCAGGAUUUUUGUUAACUGAAUGUUAGAUCAUAACAUUUUACACAGAGGUUUAUAUCAGUAGAUUUUAUAUAUAGGUUUAUAUAAUUGAGCUAUUGGUAUGUAUCCUAACUCUUCUUUCUCUGAUAACCGUUUUUUGUUGUAUCAGUAGAUUUUAACAUAGGUUUAUGUAAUUGAGCUAUCAGUAUGUAUCCCAACUCUUCUUUCUCUGAUAACUUGAAAACCAGUUUUUGUUGUAUUUGAUUUACAGUGUGAAGAAAUGUUACCUGUAGAAUGCACACAUUUUAGGGUAGAAUGACCACACCAUCCCUGGAAGAUUGUGUAACAAAUGAUAGAUUACUGGUACAGGCGGACCCUGUUUCAAUGACCAUUAUUACUAGGACAUUUACACCAUCCGACCAACCAAAAAUUGUUGGCAACAAACG